AUGUUCCAACUCUACCCAGGAGCUCCUUACAAAUGCAAAUUCUCAGACCACUGCAGACCCGCUGAGUCGGAACCAGUGAGCCAUAGGCCCCGGAUCUGUGUCCACAGCUUCUCCAGAGGAUUCUCAUGCAUGCUGAAGUUUGAGCAGGACUGUCCUACAACCUUACUGCCCAAAGAGUGGGCCAAAGCCUGGCAUCACCAGCAGCACCCAGGGACUCAGCCUCUCAGGCCCCACUCUAAGGCCCCACGGCUAAGUAAUAGUCUCUGUGUUAGAAGGCCCCCAGGUAUUUCUGCGCAGGCCAACCUGCACCUACUGCGGCAGGCACCACACUGUGUUGCCAUGGGACCCAUCUAUGGCUACAGGGAGAAGGCGGGCUCCCUGCGGUACCUCUGGACCCUCUGGCUGAACACCUGGCCUGCACACGCUGGUGCUCAAGGGGCGCACCAGAGCAACACUGUGUCUAAGGCCGGGCCGGCCUGUCCGGUGGAGGCGGUCACCCGUCUAACUGCUCCGGUGCAGAGCGCUGGGGAGCACAGUAGCAUGAGAGAUGCGCGGAGGGACAUCAGGGCCUCCUGUCCUCGUACCAGCGCGGGGCGGUCGGCCUGUGACCCGGUCCUCAGGCUCCCCUCCCGGGGACGCAGCGCCGCACCCCGGGUCACCACCCGUGUACAGGGCUGGGCGGCCUGGCGCUGGAGGGGGACCGCAGCCCGGGCUGAGGCCGCGGAAAACAAUCGCGAGCUGUGCGAGGCGUCGAGGGAGGGUCCUGAGGACAGAGCGCCGCGGGCGGCGGCUGCAAACCCGGC